AUGGCCAGCAUCGAAACCAUCAACGAAGGAGUUGCCAUCAAUGGCACCGUCAAGGACUCGUACCGCAAGAUCCUGACUCCCGAAGCCACCGCUUUCCUCGCCCUCCUCCACCGGACCUUCAACGGCACCCGCAAAGCUCUGCUCCAGCGACGAGUGAUCCGUCAACAGGAGCUUGACAAGGGCAAUUUGCCAGAUUUCCUCCCAGAGACCAAGCACAUUCGCGACAAUGACGCCUGGAAAGGCGCUCCUCCGGCUCCCGGCCUUAUCGAUCGCCGGGUCGAGAUCACCGGACCAACGGAUCGGAAAAUGGUCGUCAAUGCUUUGAACAGCAACGUGUGGACUUACAUGGCAGACUUUGAAGACGCCCAAGCGCCCACCUGGGACAACCAGGUCUCCGGACAAGUGAACCUCUACGAUGCCAUUCGGAGGCAGAUUGACUUCAAGCAAGGCGAGAAAGAGUACAAACUGCGUACCGACCGGUCCGUGACGCUGAUUGCGAGGCCUCGUGGCUGGCAUUUGGAAGAGAAGCAUUUCACCGUCGAUGGCGAGCCCAUCUCUGGUUCCUUGUUCGACUUCGGCCUGUACUUUUUCCACAAUGCCUUCGAGCUGGUCAAGCGUGGCACCGGGCCGUACUACUAUCUUCCGAAGAUGGAGUCUCAUCUUGAAGCGAGACUCUGGAAUGAUGUCUUCAACCUGUCUCAAGACUACAUCGGUAUGCGGCGGGGCACGAUCCGAGGAACGGUGUUGAUUGAGACAAUCACCGCCGCCUUCGAAAUGGACGAGAUCAUCUACGAGCUCCGUGAUCAUUCGGCUGGUCUGAACUGCGGCCGCUGGGACUAUAUCUUCUCGGUGAUCAAGAAAUUCCGCCAGAACCCCAACUUUGUCCUCCCAGAUCGCUCCGCUGUCACCAUGACGGUGCCCUUCAUGGACGCCUACGUCCGUCUGCUUAUCAAGACCUGCCAUCGCCGUGGCGUCCACGCCAUGGGUGGAAUGGCCGCUCAGAUUCCCAUCAAGGACAACCCGGAGGCCAACGACAAGGCCAUGGAGAACGUCCGCCAGGACAAGCUUCGCGAAGUCCGGGCCGGCCACGACGGGACCUGGGUUGCUCACCCUGCCUUGGCAUCGAUUGCUUCUGAUGUGUUCAACAAAGAAAUGCCUACCCCCAACCAACUCUUCAAGCGCCGUGAAGACGUCUAUGUCACCAAGAACGACCUUCUGAACAUGAACAUGCCUGGAACCAUAACAGAAGAUGGCAUUCGCAAGAACCUCAAUAUUGGUCUCGGGUAUAUGGAGGGCUGGCUUCGCGGCGUUGGCUGUGUGCCGAUCAACUACCUUAUGGAAGAUGCUGCCACGGCCGAAGUCUCACGGUCGCAAUUGUGGCAGUGGGUCAAGCACGGUGUCAAGACCGCCGAGGGCCAGACUGUCGACAAGGCUUACGCCCUUCGACUGCUCAGGGAGCAGGCGGAGGAACUGGCGUCCAAGGCGCCCAAGGGUAACAAGUAUCAGCUUGCGGCCCGAUAUUUCGAGACUCAAGUGACUGGCGAAGAUUAUGCUGACUUCUUGACGAGUCUCCUGUACAACGAGAUCACCACUGUGGGAUCAUCACAGCCUGUCGCCAAACUGUAA